UCACCCCCUCCUCCACCUCCGGACUCGCCCCCCGCGGUUCCCCCUCGCCUCCUCCCGCCCGCAGCAGACGGCGAAGGACCCGGCCAGCACCAGCUCCCGGCUCCGCUGAGCGGCGGGGCGGCCGCGGGGGGGGGCGCAGCACCCCCCGCUUCGGUCCUGUGGGAUCACAGAAGCUGCUGUGAAGGCAGUCGGUGAAGGCAAGUGGAAGGCAUGACCCCCUCCUCAGACAAAGAGCUCAACGGAUUAGAUAACCCCAGCUUCGUGGGUGAAGAUGGAAGCCAGUACUGCUCCUCUCCGGAUUGCACUGCCCGGGACCCAGAGGGAGGUGGGGGCACAGGCCAUGGUGGCAGCAAGCUUGCCUACACCAUCACAGAUGUGCCCCCCUGGUACCUGUGCAUCUUGCUGGGCGUUCAGCAUUUCCUGACAGCCAUGGGAGGUCUCGUAGCCAUCCCACUGAUCCUCUCCAAAGAGCUUUGCCUCCAGCAUGACCUCCUCACCCAGAGCCACCUGAUCAGCACCAUCUUCUUUGUCUCAGGGAUUUGCACCCUGCUGCAAGUCCUCUUUGGAGUCAGGUUGCCUAUUAUUCAAGGAGGGACUUUUGCAUUCCUGACCCCCACCCUGGCCAUGCUGUCUCUCCCCAAGUGGAAGUGCCCUGCCUGGACGCAGAAUGCCACCCUGGUGAAUGCUUCUUCACCAGAGUUCAUUGAAGUCUGGCAGACACGGAUGCGAGAGGUGCAAGGAGCUAUCAUUGUAGCUUCCUGCUUUCAGAUCUUUGUUGGAUUUUCUGGCCUGAUCGGAUUUCUGAUGAGGUUCAUCGGCCCCCUGACAAUUGCGCCCACCAUCACCUUGGUUGCACUACCUCUCUUCGACUCAGCUGGGGACGAGGCUGGGCAGCACUGGGGCAUAGCAUUCAUGACUAUUUUUUUCAUAGUUCUGUUCUCUCAGUACCUGAAGGAUGUCCCUGUGCCGCUGCCAUCUUACCAGAGAGGCAAGAAGUGCCACCUCUCCCCAGUCCACCUCUUCCAGAUCUUCCCGGUGCUGCUGGGGCUCUCCCUGAGCUGGCUGCUCUGCUACGUGCUGACGGUGACUGAUGUCCUCCCUGUGGACCCCACCACCUACGGCCACCUGGCCCGGACGGACACCCGUGGGGAUGUUUUGUCCCAGGCUCCCUGGUUUCGGCUGCCUUACCCAGGCCAGUGGGGAGUGCCAACUGUCAGCCUGGCUGGGAUAUUCGGCAUCUUAGCUGGGGUGAUUUCCUCCAUGCUGGAGUCCGUGGGAGAUUACUAUGCCUGUGCCCGCCUGUCUGGGUCCCCGCCGCCGCCGAAGCAUGCCAUCAGCCGCGGGAUUGGGGUGGAAGGCAUCGGCUGCCUCCUGGCCGGGGCCUGGGGGACGGGGAACGGCACCACAUCGUACAGCGAGAACGUGGGGGCCCUGGGCAUCACCAAGGUAGGGAGCCGAAUGGUGAUCAUUGCUGGUGCCUGCGCCAUGCUCCUGAGUGGCAUCUUCGGGAAAGUGGGGGCAAUGCUUGCCAGCAUACCCACCCCUGUGAUUGGAGGCAUGCUCCUUGUGAUGUUCGGAGUUAUCACGGCAGUGGGGAUUUCCAAUUUGCAGUACACAGAUAUGAACUCCUCCAGAAACAUCUUUAUCUUUGGAUUUUCUGUAUUUUCUGGCCUCACGGUUCCCAACUGGGCAAGUAAAAAUAGUACACUCUUGGAAACAGGAAUCAUCCAGCUGGACCAGGUGAUCCAGGUGCUUCUCACCACUGGCAUGUUUGUGGGUGGACUCCUGGGGUUUAUCCUUGAUAACACGAUCCCAGGAACACUGGAGGAGCGGGGGCUCCUGGCAUGGAAGAAUAGCUACAGGGGAGAGGCAGACAACUCUCAGCUUGUUUCCAAGGUCUAUGAUCUUCCAUUUGGCAUAGGCACCAAAUACUGUGCUGUCUCUUGGUUUCGGUAUCUCCCCGCUUGCCCCAAAAGACUAACUGGUGGCAAGAGAAUGGAUGAACUGAAGGCUGCUGGACAGGAAAACAAUGUUAAAGCAAGCUCAGAAAGAGACUCUGAGGGUGCUGGGAACAGCCUCAGGGGAUCCAGCUUCUCCAGGGCACCAAACCCUACAAAAAUGAAGGAAUUGCCAUCAAAGAUGAAUCUAAUGCAUCUCUGCUACUGCUAUGUCCUGUGUCCCACCACCGUACCUGUUUGGUCUGGUGUGGUGAUUGUGAGGUGACAACCACUUCUCUAGAGAAUGGUUUGCAGAUUCUUGCUCCUGUCCGCUACCAGCAGAAACAGCCUUAACCUAUAUGGCCAUAUAUAAUGUGAUUGCACGUGGUGCUGGCUACCAGUGGUGUGUAAUAACAUUGUUGGUGUAGCAUAAGCUUGU